CCAUCUAUCAGCCUUCUCUCUUGAAAAACAUAUUCAACCUUCAUUCUUCUCUCUUGCCACUCAAAACUCUUUUUCCCUCAUGGAUUCCCCUGAUAGAGAAGCUUAUGAGAGGCAAAGGGAUGCUGAUGAGAGGGAAAGGGAAGCUGAUGACAUACAAUGGGAGUAUGAUUGUCAACUUGAUGACAUGAUCAGAAAUUUGAGAGUAAGAGAGGUUUUAAUUUGUUGGGAAGAAGAUAUAAUUGAUCUUUGAUGAGAAUGAGAGAAGAAAUUGGAAGAGAUUAGGUUGAAGUGAAGAAACAUGAGGUAUUUAUAGAGAAAUAUAUGAAAAAGAGAUGUUGGGGGUUAAUAGAGACGUUGGUAAUUAAUUGGGUGACUGAAACUGAUUUUUUAACACAAUUCUAACGGGAAUAAAGCUGGCUCACACGCAGGGGGAUUUUUGCGCUAAACGCCCGCCAUGGAUUGGCUCCGGUUCAGUGCGCGCGUUGCCUGUCUGGAAGAAAGGAGGGCCCGCCUCCCACCACAUUUCUAACUUUUCUUGUAUUCUUCCAAUGGGUUUUUAGCCAAAAAAAUUUGGCUUUUUGGCUAUUUGGAUUUUCCCAUUGAUUGUUGGAGGAACUCUUUUAGCUUUUUUGGCUUUUUAGGCUAAUUGUUGGAGAUGGUCUAACAACUCAUACUAAAGUCUAAACAUUGACAAUAACCUAAACUUGAUGAUGAUGAUAACUUCCUCUAAAACUUGUCGAUCCACUUUAACAUUCAUGGUCACCGGUUUGAGUUUUGACGAUCUUUCAAUGUCUCUUGUUAUGCACAAUAACCGACUCCAUUGUUGGUCUGUCUCCCACCUGGUAGCUAUUGUCGUCCAGAUUGUAAUCAAAAGUCAUAUUUUUUAGGAAGAAGAUAUUGGAGGAAGAUUGGAGGUAGUUGUGGUAGAUAGGGGAGAAGGCGGAUUCGAUGAGGAAGGUGUCAUCGGUCGAUUUGGGGUAUUUUUUAGGCAGAGAUGGAAUCUCGACUGUGAAGGUGGCUGAAAUGGUCGGCAGAGACGGAGGGGAUUUGGGGUAUUUCUUUAUUCUCUUUUUUUCCAUUUGCUUAAUUAUUUGAUGCACGUGGGAAGCCAACUCAGCAUUGUUAAUUUCGAUAGUUGUGACUAAUAAUUUGAACACUUAAAAAGUUGUGGCUAAUAUUUUGUAUUUACCCAAAAUUAAAAUGAGAGCCAAACUUGCCAAGUUCGAUUGGCUACUACAGUUAGGGAUGUAAGUUUGACCAUCAAGACCCACUAACCCGUCCCUGAGGGUCGAGACGGGUCACGUUUGACCUUGUGAUCCUACCAACAAUUAUUGAUAUGAAUUCCUCAUGCUAACACGUGGGACAAAUUUGUAAAGUUUUAAAAGUUUAGGUACUGUAUUGCAAGGUAAAAAAAAUAAAGGUACUAAAACUUAAUUUUGCCAUCAAGUUUUUUGGACCUAUUUGUAAAAAAUAUAUAAUUUAUUUAUCAAAUUAUAAGAAAAAAUAAUUUGGAGUACCAAAAUAUAAUUUUUUUAAAAAUCUAUAUUUUGAUUUGAGCCGAUCCACUGACACAUGUUGUUCUUGCCCGACCCUAGAGAAUCAGAUAAGGAUAACAAGAAUGGGACCGGUCAGUUAUACAAAUUAACCCUUGAUGAAUGCGGGAUGGGUCAGUUUAUACAAGUUAACCUUUCGAAAGAGACAAAAGAGGAUGCGUGCCUACUACUGCAGCUGUGCAACUUUCUAUGUGAUGUGGCGAUGGGUCCGAGUCCGAGGCUCCAAAACACGACACAGAACCGACCUCUUUGAUGCGGUCCAGCUUCGCCGGAAUUUUGGACGAGUUCGGAAUGAAGUGGACAAUAAGCGGCACCGUAACCGAACAGCCAGGUAACCUUUGAAAGAAGCCCACCAUGUUGGAAACCCUAUCAUUCUUCAAUCUUGCAUUAUAUCUAAUACAAAAAUGUUAUCACUUUCACCUUCGAAUAAAUUAUUGGCCAAAACAAAAUAAUAAGUUGGCAGAGAUGUUUAUUGUUUAGUACAGUCCAAAACUCGGUUCCAGUACUGGGUGAAAUCAAGGAACAAAAACAAGCAUUAUCAAUCCUGGGCUGUAAACUGUAAUGCUUAGCAUCACCGGCCAACUCAUGCCUUGGCCAUAACGAAACUACCGAUGCCACAAUUCAGUAUUCACCCGCAACCCCCCAGCUUUCCCACCAUAUAUAUACAGACAGCCAUCUUUCACUUCUUCCACUCAAAAACCCAAUUCAUCAUCAAGCACAUUCUCACUUGACAAAAAACCCCUCCUCAAAUUCCAUUUAUCUUCAGAUUCAGACCAAGUCUUCUUCUACUACCUCCAAAGAUGGCCGCUGCCAUGGCUGCAAAGCUGAUGAUGUUCAGCGCCACCGUUGCUGUCUUCAUCAUGGCUGCUGCAGCUGCUGACAUGCCUGGAAUGCCUAACAUGCCUGGAAUGCCUGAUAUGCCCGGCAUGGGACCGGCACCCGGCCCUUCGAAGAAUUCCGGUGGCUUCUUCGCUCCUUCCAUGGCUGUUGGAGUUGUUGCUGCUGUGGCUUCUUUCCUCUUUGCCAGGCUCCAAGUCUGAGAAGAGAGACAGAGAGAGGACUGUGGCACUCUGCCGCUUUGGGUGUUUUCCUACCUAACAGGCUUGUACUUGUUCAUAGGCUAUCUUAAUUAAUCUCUUGUGUGUCUGUGUGAUCUGUGUUGGGUUUUCCUAUCUAUCUAUCUAUCCAUCUGUCUGUCUGUCUAUCUAUCUAUAUUUACUGCCUGUCUGCUCUUUUAUGUCAUACAUAUGUAACUGGAUGGAGAUUAAAUUGCAUUUUGAAUGUUGCUUUGUUCUAAAUCUGAGGUUUUAACAUUUCAAGCCUUUGCUCAUUCAUCAAAAGCUUUACAUAUGUCAAGAUAGAAGUGGAAGAAGAAAAAAAAAGAAUGGAAAAGUGA